AUGAUGAACUAAAAAACUUGCCUGCUCAUUUUGGCACUUAUUUAGCUUUCCUAUUAAUAUUGUCAUUACUCUUAGACACCUAAUCGUUAUGACGGUGAUAGUUGUUAUUGCUAUCCUGGAUUUUACACUAAUAACUAAAAUUGUUUUUAGUGCCCAAAUUUUAGUGUUACUGGAAACGGCGUAGGUAAAUAAGUCUCUGAUUGCUCAAUUUGCUCUAUUGGUCCUUAUUAUUUGACAUAAGUGGCAUCAUCAGGCUAAAGUGCUAUUUGUUCAAUAUGUCCUAACAAUUCGUUUUACGUGAGUAAAUAAGCAUAAAGUGUUUAAGAUGAAAGUGUCUGUGAGAGUUGUAAACCAGGUUAUUAUAAGAUCAAAGAUGCUAUUUCUCCUUCAAGUGAUAAUGGUAAUAAAGGUAAGGCAGCAUAAUGCUAAAAGUGUCCUAACAACACUUCAUCAAGUCCUUCUGCUCCUGGUCCAAUGCCUAACUAACCUAAUCCUCCUUCUAGUACAAAUUGCGGUACAUGUGCUGAAGGUUUUUAUGCUACUUCAUAAGUUUCUUCUAAUUAAAAUGCGAAUUGUUAAAUUUGCCCUAAUAAUUCUAGUACUAUGGCUGGUCCAGGAACGGGUGUUCCAAUGGGUGGUAGAAUGCGUGCUCUAAUCGAUAAUGGUCCAAUGGGUUCUAAACCAACUUAUACAUCUAAAGAUUGUAACUAGUGUUUAAAGGGAUUCUAUAAUGCUGCUGAUUUUAAUAAACCUGUUGAUUGUUAAAAAUGCCCAGGAAAUACUACAACUUUAAAAACAACUCAAGGAGGUAUUAUGUAAUGUACUUGUAGUUUAAGUUAAUAUAUAACUGCACUUCCUACUCUUAAUACUCCUGCUACUUGUGUAUCUUGCCCUACUGGUUCAGGAAGGCUUUUUAAUGUGAAUAUAGUCGGAGAUGAAUCCUCAUGUGAUGUUUGUUUAGAAGGAUAUUAUUUAAUCACACCAUAUUAAGAUCCAGUUGGUAAUAAUCCUGGUGUUGGAGCAUAAUGCUAAAUAUGCCCUAAAAACUCCUAUUCUGUAGCUGGAACUUCUAGCUCUCCUUCAUCUUGUUCUUUGUGUAAGCCAAAUUAUUAUAUGACAAAAGCUGCUGAUUCAACUAAUUCUGCAGAAUGUUAACCCUGUCCUAAUAAUACUGCAACUUUAGCUCCUGUAAGCUAACUUGGAGACGCAACUUAAUGUACUGUAUGUGUAGCUGGUUAUUACAUGACUUAACCAUAUUAAGAUGGAAAAACAGCAUAAUGUUAGUAAUGUCCUGCUGGAUCAAACACAAAUCCUGGCAUAAACACAAUUUGUUAUUGUUAUGACUAAUAUGCAUCUUGGUCAACUACUAAUAACUCAUGUUAAUGCAAUCCUGGUAGUAUUGGCUCGCCAGCUACUACCAUAAAUACUUAAGGAUGUAUUCCUUGUCCCCCUGGAUAAUACUUCUCUUCUGGAGUUUGUGUUGAUUGUCCUGCUGGUACUUAUUCAAGUUCUCCUGGCAGUACUUCUUGCACAAAUUGUGCCUCAGGAUAAUUUGCUACUGGAAAAGGAAAUACAUCUUGCUAAGCAUGUCCUAAUUUAACAGUCUCUUUGGAUGAUUUUACAAGUUGCAAAUGUGUAGAUACAAGUGCUGUUUUUGUAAAUGGUAGCUGUGUUUGCCCAGAUGGAUAUGAGGGUACUCCUUCAAGCUCAUCAGGUACUUAAGGGUGUAAUGCAUGUAUAGCAGGUUAGUUCUCUAAUUCUUCUACCUCUGGAAAAUGUACUGCCUGUCCUGCUGGAAAAUAUUCACAAGGCACCGGUAAUACUAAUUGCAAAUAAUGUGAAAUAAAUACAUUUACAUCUAAUACUGGAAGUUCUAGUUGCAAUAAAUGCGGAUCUGGAUCUACUAAUAAUGCUGAUUUUUAAGGUUGUUCAUGCAUAGAUUCUAAUGCCACCUAAACAGACAGCAAAAGUAGCUGCUCAUGUAACUCAGGAUUUGGUGGCUCACCAAAGACUUCAUAAAGUUCUUAAAGUGGAUGUACAGCUUGUGCAGCUGGUUAAGAAGUAAACAAAACAUCUGGGUAAUGCUUUCCUUGUGCUGCUGGAUAUUAUUCUAGUAAUUCAGCAAAUCAAAGUUGUACAUAAUGUUCAGCAGGAUAAUAUGCAAGUGGAACAGGAAAUAUCUCAUGCUCUAACUGUCCUAGUGGUUAUUCAUCUUCAGAUGAUUUUUCUGGUUGUAAAUGCAAUGAUACGAAUGCUAUCUUUGCUAAUAAUAAAUGCAUCUGUAAAUAAGGUUAUGGAGGAACACCUAAUUCAGCUAAAAGUGGCUCAACUGGAUGUACAAUUUGCCCAUCUGGUUCAUAUUCUGAUGUUUCGACAUAAGGAUAAUGCAUAGCAUGUCCUGCUGGUACAUAUUCAUCAAAUAAUGGUAGUUCAUCCUGUAACCAAUGUAAUGAAGGUUAAUAUGCAUCAGGAACUGGAAAUAGAUCUUGCUAAAGUUGUGGAUCUACUUUGACGAAUACUGAUGAUUUUUCAGGUUGUAAAUGUAUAGAUCUGAAUGCAAACAAACCAGCAGCUAAUCCUAGCUGCGUUUGUAAUUCAGGUUAUAUUGGUUCUCCAGCAACAUCAAAGAACUCUUAAUUAAGCUGUACUGCUUGUACUGCUGGAUAAUUUACAGACUCUGGAAAAUGUUCUCCAUGUGAAGUUGGAACAUUUUCAAGUGGAACUGCAAAUUCAGCAUGCAGUAAAUGUUUAUUAGGGUAGUUUGCAAAUGGUACAGGAAAUACAAAAUGUCAAGCUUGUGCUCCUGGUUCAACCAGUACAGACGAUUUUUCAGGUUGUAAGUGUUAUGACUAAAAUUCAGUAGCUUGGAAUGCAAGUAACAACAUAUGCUAAUGUAGUACUAAUUAAUAUGGAGAUGCUAGUAAAGCCACAGAAGCAUAAAAAUCUCAAUGCUAUACUUGUCCGAACAACUCAACAUCAAAAGCUGGUGCUGCUAAAACUGAAAAGGAUUGUUAAGUUCCUUAGAGUUAAUAAAACACCUAAUUCUCAUUUUCAUAAAUCCUAAAUUUAUCAAUAAUAAUUUUUUUGAUUAUUUUAUGA